AUUAAGAGUGAAAAUUCAAGUUGUGUAAAUUGUCAGUGUAAAAAUGGUAGAAGUAGAAAAAGAGCUAGGAGAUGGUGAAACAAUCAGCUCGGACACGCAGGAAGGCGACACGGUUUCUCAGGAAAACGUCGAAAAUGCGGAAAAAUAUAAAGCGGAAGCAAACGAUCUUUUUAAAAAGCAAAAUUACAAUGCUGCCAUAGACUUAUACACAAAAGCAAUAGUAUUAAACGAUAAAGUUGCUAUUUAUUAUGCAAAUCGUAGCUUUGCCUAUCUUAAGACGGAGUGUUUUGGGUAUGCUUUUUCUGAUGCAUCCAAAGCCAUUGAAUUGGAUAAAACAUACAUUAAGGGAUACUACAGGAGGGCUGCUGCUAAUAUGUCACAAGGCAAGUUUAAGGAAGCUUUGAAAGAUUAUGAAUAUGUUACGAGAGUGCGGCCUACAGAUAAAGAUGCUCGAAUGAAGUACAAUGAAUGUAAUAAAAUUGUGAAAAAAAUAGCGUUUGAAAAAGCAAUAUCUGUUACGGCUGUUACAAAAACCAUUGCCGAUUCCAUUAAUUUAGAUGCAAUGACAAUUGAAAAUGAGUACAAAGGUCCAGAGUUAGAGGAUGGAAAAGUAACAUUAGAGUUCAUGACUGAACUGAUGGAAUUAUUUAAGAACCAAGGAAAGCUGCAUAGAAAAUACGCUUAUAAAAUUUUAUUAGACGUAAAAACAUACUUUAUGGAGCAAUCUUCUUUAGUCGAUAUUAAAAUAGGUGAUGAAGACAAAUUUACAGUUUGUGGGGAUAUUCACGGUCAAUUCUAUGACCUCAUGAACAUUUUUGAUCUCAAUGGAUUGCCCUCAACCACAAAUCCAUAUCUUUUUAACGGUGAUUUUGUGGAUAGAGGUUCAUUUUCAGUUGAAUGCAUCUUUACAUUGUUCGGGUUCAAACUACUUUAUCCAAACCAUUUCUACAUGUCGCGUGGGAACCACGAAAGUAUCACGAUGAAUCAAAUUUAUGGUUUCUACGGCGAAGUGAAAGCGAAAUAUACCGCACAAAUGGCUGAUCUCUUCACAGAAGUCUACAACUGGUUACCAUUAGCUCAUUGUUUAAACGAUCGUGUUCUGGUGAUGCACGGUGGUUUAUUCUCGCAAGAUAAUGUGACUUUAGAGACUAUACGUACGAUCGAUCGGAAUCGGCAACCGCCGGAAGAUGGACCAAUGUGCGAAUUACUGUGGAGUGAUCCUCAACCGCAAAACGGAAGGGCGCCAAGUAAACGCGGUACAGGAUGUCAGUUUGGACCGGAUGUUACCAAGGCUUUCCUUGAGUUGAACAAGUUGGAUUAUAUCAUAAGGAGCCAUGAGGUUAAAAAUGAUGGGUAUGAAGUGGCUCAUGAUGGAAAAUGUAUUACGGUGUUUUCCGCUCCAAAUUAUUGCGAUACAAUGGGCAAUAAAGGGGCAUAUAUUACAUUGAUUGGUAAAGAUAUGAAACCAAAGUUUACUACAUAUGAAGCAGUUCCACAUCCGAAAAUUCAACCGAUGGCCUACGCUUAUAAUUUAGUUAAUUUAAUGUCCUAGUGCCUAAUGAAAUUAAUAUGGAAAUAUGGACCGUAGAAAAUUUUUUUAAAAAUCAUCAUAAUUAUACACCAAUGUAAGAGUCAAUACAUACUAAAUUUCUAUUUAGUACAAAAAAAAAA